UCUCUGACCUCUGACACCAGGAAGGCAUUUUUGCUGUCACACACUGGAUUUGUUUUCCUUUGUUUUGGACCAUUCUCUAUAAACCCUGGAGAUGACUGUGUAGGAAAAUCCCAGUAGAUCAGCAUUUUCUGAAAUCCUCAGGCCACCAACAGCAGUGUCAUGUUGAAAGUCACUUAAAUGAUCUUUCUUCCCUAUCUUUUGAACUUCAGCAGGUCAUCUUGACCAUGUUUACAUUAAUUGGAUUAAAUAUUUGCAUUAACAAGCAGUUGAACAGUUAUACCUAAUAAAGUGGCUGGUGAGUGUAUAGCUUCAUAUUUUCUCUUGUUAAAACUAAAACUAGCAUCCUUAUGAUUGACCUAAAUGUAAAGUCCACGUGAACCGCUCCAUGACUCAUGCUAUUUGAAAAAGAUGCAGUUUAGCACUGAGCUAUACAGAGGGGCGAGCACCAAAUACAGACGUGUGAGUGUGUGUCUGAAAGAUAAAGAUAGAAGCCCGUAGAAAAACGCGGGCUAGAUUAAGCUUCUGCUUUGGCUGCUGAAACGGGGGGAGGGAGGGAGGACGGGAAGCAGGAGAAAGCCAUUGUAGGUUGGCGAGAGCGAGCGAGCGAGCGAGGGGAAGGUUUGUAAGAGAUGGAGGUUUAUUUUAUAAUAUGUUAUUUGUAAGAGCAGCAUCACAGAUAGAGGGAGGUGAAAGAGGGCAAAAUGCAGGAAAAACAGGAUUCUCAGAGCAGAGCCCCGGGCAACCCGGGGAAGGCUCACCCAGCUCUCAAAGCCUUUAUGUGUGGCUCCCUCAGUGGCACCUGCUCUACACUCCUCUUCCAGCCUUUGGAUCUGGUGAAGACACGACUGCAGACUCUGCAGAACAAUGCCAAGCCCGGCGCACCCAAGGUGGGAAUGUUUAGCGUUUUCAUCAAUGUUAUUAGGACAGAGAAGUUCUUCAGUCUGUGGAAGGGUGUUUCACCGUCAUUUGUGCGCUGCAUCCCUGGGGUGGGUAUCUACUUCAGCACCUUCUACUCCCUGAAGCAGCACUUCUUCCUGGACCGAGCUCCCAACGCUGGCGAGGCUGUUCUGCUCGGAGCGGGUGCCAGAGCUGUGGCCGGAGUCUGCAUGUUACCAUUCACAGUCAUCAAGACGCGCUUCGAGAGUGGCUUUUACAGUUAUGCGAGUGUGCCCGGUGCUCUGAGGAGUAUGUAUGAGACGGAGGGAAUCAGAGCUCUGUUUUCUGGGCUGACUGCCACGCUGCUCCGUGAUGCUCCUUUCUCCGGCAUCUACGUCAUGUUUUACAGCCAGGCCAAGAGAGCGCUGCCUCAAGAGGUGACCUCGGCGCCCUACGCCCCGCUGGUGAACUUCAGCUGUGGGGUGAUUGCGGGUGUCAUGGCAUCAGUAGUAACGCAGCCUGCAGAUGUAGUGAAGACUCACAUUCAAGUCAGACCCUCCCACUGUAGCACAGCAGGUGCAGUUCGCCGCAUCUACAUGGAGCACGGCAUGGCUGGGUUUUUUCGUGGAGCUGUGCCCAGGUCUCUUCGACGCACUCUCAUGGCUGCCAUGGCUUGGACUGUGUAUGAACAGCUGAUGGCUCGAAUGGGCCUCAAAUCCUGAAGAGCAAAAGUUUUGUGCCGCAAGAGAAUGGAAAGAACUGUAAGAGGAUAAUUCUGUAUUAUUAUUAUUAGUAUUAUUUUUAAACUGAAAGCGUCAUGCAAGAAGAAAAAGGAGCUGAGGAGCUUACAGGGUCAUUGAGCCAGCAGUAACAAGAUACUGAGCAAACGAAGCAGGUGGAUAAAUGCCUGAAAAACAUGAGUAAGAGUGCUCUGUUUGUGUGUUUGCUGUGUGUGUGUGAAACUGUGUUUGGGACUGUGAUGUUACACCUGAAGCACUCUUAUGUCCGUCUCGGACUAUAGUGACACUCCUGCUGUGAAGUGAACUCGUCCCUCCUAAUAUUUAUGUUCCUGAGGUAUGGCUAGCAAUCAGAAAACAGGGCCAGUGGCUCUUCUGGGUAACAGAGUUGCCUUUGACGAUGUUUUAAAAUACCGUAGAAACAAAUGAGACACUCGACAAGCUGGUGUCCCGUACAAGAUAGAGCAAUGUUUCGUACUUGCUGACUGAUCUCUCUCUUUUUUUUUUUUUUUUUUUUUUUUAAGAAGCAGAGAAGUUUAUUUGUUUCAGGCUCAGACAAUCAGAAGUACUCACACAGCUGCAUUAUGGGAAAAUCAAGGCCAAUGCUAAUAACGUGUUAAAGCCUUUGUUGCUGUAUUGCUUAAAACUCUGCUAGCUACAUUUAUAUAAAACUAUGGUGUGUUUUCGACUCAGCGUAAUGAUAGCCACAUCUGUAGCUAAAUCAGUGAAUAGCAGUGAUGGCAUCUCACGCGAAAAACCCAACAAAAAAGUCAGGAUUUUAUGGAUUUUUAAAAAAAAUGAAUUAUAUAAAUAAAAUGUUUGAUUAUUUGUAGGAUUUUCAUUUUGAGACAACCUGUGGAGCUUCUCAGUAGCACUGUGGAUUUGAUACUCGGUAGUUUUGUUUGUUUUCUGCACACAGGAGUAACAUGACACUCAUAAAAUAUAUAUAUAUAUAUAUAUAUAUAUAUAUAAAAAGGCAACUUUGAGUUUAUUUUAUGAUGAGGGAUUUGAUUUUUGUAGGAAACACUGAAUGUAAACACAGAUUUCUGUGUUUAAAACAAAACUCCACCUUUAAAGGCACUGCAGGUUGCCCUUCUCCCUGCAUUUAAAUGAGCACUUUCACAAAUUUAUUUUCUUAGUAUACAUAUAUAUAUUUAGGUUACCAGGCGAAGUUGAAGUCAUUUAAGUAUUUCAGGUUUUGCUGAAGUCAGGUACCUCCUAUGAUCAAACAGUAUUUCCAGAAUAUUAAGCUUGCAAGUGAAGCAUUCCUUAAUCAUUGCGCUGAAAUGUUUCUAAAGAGUCCAUACCGGUGAUGGAGCUGUGGAUCUUGUCUUUGUAUAGCCUCAUUCUGGAAUUGUAAAUAUGUGACUUAAUACAGAGUUGCUGAUUUAAGAAAAAAAGGGGGCGCACUAAUGAAUUCCUAUAGGGUGUUUGCAUAGAUGUUAUUUAUUAUUAAUAUAAAAGAAGAGGUGAUAUAAUAGAGAAUAAUGUCUUUGUGUCUGUACAUAAAAUGCAAACUGAAAGACGACUUAGUGUGAUCUUCGAACGGCGAAGGUUGCCACCAAGAAGUAAUUGUGUGCUUUACUUGAUAGGAGUUUUUAAUGAUGGCUUCCUGUGAGUCCGCAGAUAGGCCCAGUUUAACGAAAGAGAGGCGCUGAGCGUCUCUUCAGACCUAUGAGCUGUUUAAAGGAAAAAUGACAGGUAGUGAAGUACGAGUUCAUUUAAAAGCCUCCAUGUUUGCUGUCUUAACUUGAGCUGUGCCACAAUUCACACCUCCUCACCUCCAUUGUUGUGACUGUCCUGCAUUCAGUGUUACAGUAGACACUCUGUCUGUGUGCGUGUUUGCUCAGACAGAUGCUGUGCCUGUCUGAUUUUUAAGUUGAAUAAAAAUCUCCUGUUUUCGUUUUGUUUUUUCCAAAAAU